GGAUGCUGGGAUCAACAGUUUUCAACCAAACUGAACAUGACAACAAACCCGCUCCAUCAAUGGAUGACCUCCUCUUUCUAAAGAUCAUGGACAUUCACACCUACAGAGAUGGAUCCAACAAUUGUGUUGCUCCACCUCCUCCAACUUUGGCUCAGAGGAUGGGCUUGGUGGCCCCGCCUGCGGGCAGUCCGAGUGAGGAUCAGUGGACGCGGGUGAAGACCAGGUCACUCCAGCAGCGGGAGUCCGAGCAGCCUUGUUCAAUAUGCAGAGAGGCUUUCUGCCUUCAGCCUCAGGUGCUGCUGUCCUGCUCCCACGUCUUCCACAAAGCAUGUCUGCAGGCCUUCGAGAGGUUCUCUGGGAGAAAGUGCUGCCCGAUGUGCAGGAGGGAGCAGUACGAAACGAGUGUGAUCCACGAUGCUUCGCGCCUCUUUCGCAACCAGUGUGCCACCAGAAUCCAGGCUUUCUGGCGAGGCUACAUUGUACGGAAGUGGUGCAGGAAUAUUCGGAGAAACGUCUGCCCAAAAGACAAGCGCCUGCGCCGUAAAUUCUAUGAAGCAAUGGAUUGUAAAGUAAGCACCUCAGUGGCCCUUCAGGAUCACAUCAGAAGGAACCUUCUAGAGCCAGAGUUCUUGCUUUCUGACCCCCUGCUGAAGUACAGAAGCAAAACACCUUUAAGGCAGAGAGGGAAGCAAAAGGAUGUGCAGAGACCAGAACUUCCAGAGGAGCGAGAAUAUGUACUUGGUCCUCCUCCACCUCCACCUGGAGAAUUCACAGAGAAGGACCUUUACACCAAACAAUGGAAGCAAGUGCAAGCAUUUGCAAACCAGUUUUGGAGCCGAUGGAGAAGGGAGUAUCUUCCUUCUUUGCAAAAGAGACAGAAAUGGAAUAUGUCACGGCGAAAUCUUCAAGAAGGAGAUCUAGUUCUCCUCAAGGACAAGCAAGCUGCUCGUAACUACUGGCCUAUGGCCAUGGUCACCGCCACGUUCCCCGGGAUCGACAAUUUGGUCAGGAAGGUCGAAGUGAAGACUACAGACCAAGGAACCCCAAAAACAUUUCUGAGACCAGUAACAGAAGUUGUUUUACUCCUGCCCAAAGAUUAG